UAACUUGCAAAAUUUAUAAAUUUUGAAUCCGACCGAUUUAUUAAAUCAGGUACUAAAUAAUUUAGGGAUGAUUAUCUAGCCCUAGGACACUGUGACGCACUGUGAUUGGUCAAACAAUUUGAAAUGUUGCUUUAUUGCGAACACAGGGAACAGCGGCGCUGGGUGUAGCUUUCGCUGUUGGCGCUGUUGUGACGUUAAAGCAUUUUGUGCGUGUGUAUACAAUUUUGGAUAUAAACGAAGCCGUUAUCUUUUAUUUUAUAUUUUUUAAAACCUGUAAUGGCUGCAAUGAGUUCAAUGUCAAAUGUUGAAAAUCUUUCGCCUCAAAUUAUCCGGCGAGUUGUUAAAGAAAUGCAUGAUUUAGUAAAUGAUCCACCAGAAGGAAUAAAAGUCAGUAUUAAUGAUGAAGAUGUAACAGACAUACAAGCCUACAUAGAAGGACCAGCUGGCACACCUUAUUCUGGUGGAAUUUUUCGGGUAAAAUUAGCACUUGGAAAAGAUUUUCCCCAAACUCCCCCAAAAGCAUUCUUUCUUACAAAAAUAUUCCACCCAAAUGUUGCAAAAAAUGGAGAAAUUUGUGUGAAUACAUUGAAAAAAGAUUGGAAACCUGAUCUGGGAAUUAAACACAUCCUCUUGACUGUGAAGUGCUUACUUAUUGUGCCUAAUGCUGAGUCUGCUUUAAAUGAGGAAGCAGGGAAACUUUUACUGGAACAAUACGAGUGCUAUUCCCAAAGAGCAAAAAUGAUGACUGAAAUACAUGCACAGGCACCUAAGAUGACGAAAGCUGGAUUAGAAGUUGCGGCAUCAUCUGGUGAUGGGCCAAUGGCCAAAAAGCAUGCAGGAGACAAGAAAGUGGCUGCUGAGAAAAAGAAGCUUUUGAAAGACAAAAAAAGAACUUUGAAGAGAUUAUGAAAUUUUCAAAUAAACAACCAAUUGCUACACAAGUUUUCUUGAAAACAAGGGUACUUGAGGUUGUUUUUACGUGUAAAUACUUACAAGAAGAGAAAGGCACUGAUAGUAGACACACUUCUCUUGGAAAUCCAUUCGACUUGUACACCUGAAUCCUUGUUAAUACUGUCCAGCAAGGUUUACCACAGGAUAAAGUUGGGUUGGGUAUUAACACUUCUUGAAUAACUUUCUGUGUAAAUUUUUUGUGCUUGUUAUUUAUUUUUUAGGUCUUCUUAUUGUUUAUUUAUUUUAAGUUUGUCUGAAGUAAUGAAAUUCCUGUGUACAUUCUGCUGUUAGGGAUAAAAUCGAAGAAACAGAAAAGCAUGUUCUUUGUCUUUUCCUUCUUCUGGCAUGUGCCUUUCCAUUAUUAAUUUGUGAAGAAGCUUAUAUGUGUUGAAGUGUCAAGAAUUUUGAGAGUAAAUGUGCAUCGAGUGUGGAAGAAAACCAAAAACUGAAUUGUCUUGUUUUAAAAAUUCUGUUUUCAUUGAUUUUCUUUGUGCAAUGCAGCUUUUAUUUCUUUCAAACAUUUUAGGGGUGAGGUAGUGUGAUCUGUAUAUUGUGUGAAUGCUGUGUGUAAUGUCAUAGUUGUAAAUUGUGUUAUUUGUAUGGUCAUUAAAGACAUUUUAGAUAGAAAUGUCUUUGUUCUGGAAGAAAAAAAUCUUACUUCCUGCAUCCUGCCCAUGGCAUACUAUGAAAUGUACCUAAUGCAAAGUUCUUUAGAAAGGGCAUUAAAAAAUUAUUGCAGUGAAUGUUGGAAUUAAAAAACUUCAACAACUUGGAAAUCCUUACAAAUAAAAAAAUAAUUUUGUUUAAUUGAAAGUUAGCUUACAAAGUAUAAUGUAGUGUACAGUCGUGCAAAUUGGUAUUCUCUUAUAGCUGCAAUUUUUUUCCAUGUAAAUUGAAAUUAAAGGGUGGUUGAAUAUGCCCAAUUGCAAGCAUUACCUAACAGACUGAAAUGUUAAUCCAAUAAAAAUUUUCAGACAUAUAAAUUUUAUUUGUUUUUCAUUAAUUCUCUUACAGAUAAAUUUCUCCUAAAACUUGUUGUAAUGUUAAAUGGAAAUUUACUCACUUAAUUGCAAUGCAAAAUUGUUUUCUAUUUUUUCAGCUGAAAUAGGAUAUGGGACUAUUAUUAAUCCUCACUUAUUAUAGUUGUUGAAGUUUACUAUGUAUUGCUAAUAGGAUGCUUUAGAAUUUGGUAUUAACUAGAAUAUCACAUUUUGUUCAAAUUAGGUAUUAAAUUUCUUUGCAUAAUAUUAAUUUGCAGAAAACAUUCCCUGAACAAUUUUCUAAAAUUAUUCCUUACCCAUUAUGUUAAUUUUACUUCUGCUAAGUUGACAUGUUUACACAUAGAACAGAUAAGGUGAAAUUUGUAGACUUAAGCAUUUUACUUACUGCAUGCAAGCAAAUGUGUUUUGCUUGUGAUUUUGUCGAAUCAGAAACUGUAUUUUGUAAAUGCAGUUUAUCAGUGAGUAUUAGUAUCUAUAAGAAUGGUGCUACCAACAUUUUUGUCUUGAAAUGUGUGCUUAAGUGUUCUAAGUGGAUUAAGUGGUAUGACACCAUCAACUUGAGAAUUUCAAACUCACAUUUACAAAAGAGUGAAAAGUUUAUACAACUGCAUGAAAGUAAGGGGGGUUGUUAUUUAUCAGAAAAAUAUUGGAGUAUGAUGUCAAUUCUUAACCAAUAUGUUUUGUCAUAAAAUCCCCAUUAAGUUUUUCUCUUAUUGAUACUUUAAAAUCAGGAAGUCUAUGCCAUAUAGUAUCAAAGUCAUUCUGUAGUUUCAAUAUGUACUUGUGUGUAAUCUUUUCAGUCACAAAAUUUUAAGGUUUCUAGGGCUUAAUUCUGUAUGGAAAAUCAGUUGACAAUAACUACCGAGAUGAGAAACGAUUAAUCUUUGUGCAUUAUUUUAAUACUGAAGAAACUUGUAUGAAAAAGAAAGCCAGAGGUUGGAUUGUAUUAAGUGAAUAUUAUUUGUGAGAAGUGUUAUGAUGUCUGACAAUCUGUGGUCAAUUCAUUUUGUUUCAAAGCAAAGGUAUGCAGACAUCAAAAUACCUGUCAUUCUAAAGUGUUGUUUUUGUAUUCCAAAUGUUAAUUCUUUCUCAUUAAAAAUUUGUUUGUAAAUUUACAAAUAUCAGAAUUUUUACUGAGGAUUCAAUAAGGGCUAUUUGAGAUCAUUAGCCCAAGUUCUACUAUUGAAAUAAAUAGAAAUUACUCUUAUAUCCUGUUGGAGAGUGACUGUCAGGGCUGGGAUGGCCAAUGACAAAUGCUAGUGGAGACAGUCAUGGGGAAAAUUGUAUAAAAUUAUAAUUCGUUUAAUUCUUCCACAUAAAAAUAUUACAUUUCAAAAAUAUGUUAUUCUAUGUAAUAUAAAUUUCACAUGAAUACAUAGGUAAUUUUCAAUGGACAAACAUUUUUGCCCAUUUCCUACAAAAGAGCAAAUGUACAGAAAUAUUUUAACAAGCAUUUUUUUUUAUAGUUUAUAUGAUAAUUUUUGUAUAAAUAUAAUAAACAGUAAAAUAAAUAUUUUAAAAAUUU